GUAUAACCGGCGACAUCGUGUUCCAAACCCGACGCAAUUUUGUGUUCUGUUGUGUUUCAGUGCAAACUCACUGCGAUAUUGAAUCGACCCGCGGCCGUGUUGUGCGUCGUGUUUUGCUUUAUGUGCGUGUAGCUCCUGGGUUUUUCGCCCAUUUCACCCAUUGGAUUUGGGCGGUUUUUCCAACCGACUGCUCCUCUAGAUCCCCUAUAGGAGGCUCUAUCUUCAGAAGCCAGUCUUAAUGCUAGAGGAUGCAACGGUGAAUUUCCAAAAGCGGCCCCUCCAUCUGCUUUAGCAUGCUCUCCUACAUGCUUCCGGUGGAGGAGAAACCUCCUCCAGGGCCAAAAAGUCACCUGCAAUUGUCUUUCGGCCAUCAGAACCACAAUGGACACCAUCCCAAUACGAAUGGAAACCCGGGCACGCAAAUUCUAUCUAAUGGCAAAACGGCCACCUCAAUCAGCAAAGAGACGAGUGUGAGUAGUUUUGUAAGCGAUACGACGGCGACGGCAAGUCAUAGUUCCAUGACGCCUACGAGUACCAGCACGGAUAAAGGAAAACCCAAAUUGAACAUCAAUGGAGGAAAACACCAAUCACUGAAAAGGGUAUCGUUUGGUAGUUCUAAGGGUUCAAUGGUGGAAACCUUGAUCUUUGAAAGUCCCCUUCAAGAAGAACCAGAACCAAGUCCAAUUCCGGAGAAUGGUACUUCGCUAACUAACGGCUGUGAUAAAGAAGACGAACGAGAGAAAGUACGAGUAACAUUUUUCCAACAAUCGAAACCGCAGGAAGUCGACUUACCGGAUGAUCCGCCAUUUUGUGAGCACGAGUUCGUCAUGUCUUCGCCUGUUUUAAAAAAUGACACCAACCACAUCGUCUAUAAUAGAACAGAAAGUACGGAAAGUGGCUGGGACAAUCCAUUCCGACCAGGUGGUGACCUUUCAAGGGAAGCCGACCAAAUAGUAGAAUUAAUCAAAGGUGGAAAGCCAAUCACUCCUACACCAGGCAGUCAAGCGCCUCCACUACCAUCAGGCGACGAUUCUCUGGAUCUCAAUCAUACUGUGGACGGUUUGGAUGGAGUUAGUCCAAAAAAGAUAACUUCAGCUCUAACCACCGCUCCACCCAGUCAGUCGAAGACUAACGGAACAACCGACAAAGCUGUGGCUCCUGGUCAAGUGGAUGUGCAGAGAAGUACGAUAAAAGCGGAAGCAGAUGGUGUCCAAGUGGAACACAUAACGAUAAAGAAAAAGAAGGGUUGUCAUUGCUGUGUGAUAUCCUAAAAGAACGCUGUCUGGUUCGGUUAUAGACUUUCCCUAAUUUUCCGGGAACGAAUUAUGGUGCCUAAGCUUGAAAAUGAGUGGACUUUGCAAAGGGUUGAAAAUCAGUAUUUGCUAGUUAAAGGGGCUGUAAACGUUCUGUACUGUUAAACAGCUAGAGCUAACAAAACAUCUCAGACAUAGUAAUGUGACUACUGCUAGUAGUAGUAAUUCUUGAAUGCAGUUAAUCAAAUUUGGAGCGUUGUGAAUAUUAUUUUUAUGGCAUCGACACAAUAAUUGCUAUAUUUUUAGGCUGCAAUUCUCCUACAAUUUUAACGCAGCAUCUUUAUCGAUCGCAUCUAACUAACUUAAGACGUAAGAUACAUUUAAGCUCUAAGUGCUUGUGCAAAUCAAAACCCAUUCACUAACGCUAAACAUUUUCAAAUUUGCGCACCACGCUGUGUGUGUGUGUGUUUGUGAGAGAGAGAAAAUUAAAUCAGGAUGGUCCAGUGUUAACUGUGGAUGAAAUCCUCCAGAAACGUGGAUCUGAAAAGGACGGUUAUCUUUAAUUUCAAAAUGGUGGAUAUUGUGCUAAUUUGUGAUUAAUUAUUUUUAGAGUAAUAUCUUAGUAAUAAUAUAACUCAUAGUUUAUUUAUUGGCUAUUCAAAAAUUAAAUAAAAAGUUACGGUUGCGAAUACUAAAGCUACCAUUAAACAAAUGAUGCAGCGUGCUCAGGGUUGUAACACAAAUGUGCUGUUUUGCCUCAAAAAUACCACUCCCACUAAACUAAAUUCCAUUUAGUGCGAUUAAGCAAACACUCGAAAUAUAUGUUAAUGUUUUACAAUAAUGAAAUUAUAUAUUUAAGUAGAAUGUAGUGGUUCUUUAGUGUUUUAGUUCUUAGAUGGUCGAUUUGUUUUCUAUUUUGUACUGGACCAUGUUUAGUCAAUGUGGACAAACUAGUCAAAAGUAAAUAGGAAAACGACAACAAUUGCCUAUUAAAUGCCGAUUAAACGGUUUCACUUUUCAACUCCAUGGUUAAAAAGUAAAGCCGUUGUCUGGUGAAAAUUGAAUAAAUUAUACAAAUGAAGUCAUGAAUUGCCUAAAUAUUGUGAGCAAUAUUUAGGACAAUGGUAUACGGAUUUUCCUAUUUAUUUAAAAAUACUUGUUAAAGUAUUUCUAAGAGACAAAACAACACACUGUUCUAGAAGGUCGGGUGCUGGUUAUUUUUCAAACCAGGAACAAUGCGUGGUAGCUGCCCAUUUCGUUUUGAUAGCAGCUCUAUAGCAAUAACUUAGAAGUUAAAUACAGACAUUUUUAUUAUAAUUCGGUAAAGUGUUAGAAUCAUUGAAACUAAAUUAGAUAUAACCAUUUGAAGAAGUUACUGUCCUUUUUCGUCAAAUAGUAGAUAUUGUAUAAAUGCAGCUUAUAUGCUUCAACUAUACUUGUAUAGAGAGAAGUGUCUUCUUUAGAUUGUCGGCACUGAUAAUUGUUUUUCUUUUAUUUAUUGAUGUAUCAGUCUAGUAUGUCGAUUACUUGUUUAAUCUAAGCUACUUUAUGGUACUAUUAACUGCUUAAGUUAAAAUAGAAUGGGAAACUUAUUUAUUUAUUGCUUUGGUAGUACUAGAUUGAUACGUUAUAUAUAUUUCACGUGAACCGUCUAAAAUAAUUUCCAUUUUUUAUAUAAAACAUUAAGAAAAUAACAAUUUGUAGAAAUCCACUUUUUGUAUAAGUUGAUAGAUUUAUGUAUUAUAUUGUAAUAUAAAAAUAAAAUUUAAUUUGUAUACCAAACGCUAUUAUUAUAACGCAUUAAAAAAAUCUUGUGAACUCA